AUGCCUCCGAAGCGAGGCGGCAGAGCUGGCCGGGCAGGCCGCCAAACUGCCUCGCGGGCUGCUGCCGCAGCAGCAACUCAGCCACCCGCUGCCGCGGAACAAGAAAGUGCGAGCUCCGACUCACAACCCGUCCAAGUCUCGCCAGCGCCGACGACUACUUCCGGACCCAGCCGUGGUGGGAGCUCAUCUGCCCGCGGCGCAAGCGCGCCGACGCGAGGACGAGGCAUCGCUCUCGGCAUGAAACUCAAGCCCAAGGCCGUCAAGAGGACGGAGGAAGAGCGUGCGGCCCUGGCGGCCAAAGAAGCCAAGCGGGUCAGCGACCAGGUUGCGGAGGAGGCCCGGCAACGAGCCCGGUCGAAUCGCUUCCGAGGCAGAGGUUUCAGAGGCGCCCGUGGCCGUGGACGGGGAGCCAUGGGUCGGGGCGGCAUGACACGGCCAUUGGGCGUGCCCGACGGGCCCUUCUCAUUACCGCCUGGCUCUUUAUCACAAGGCGGCUCUCGCGGAGGUGGAUUUGGUGGCGGUGCCGGCUUUGGCGGCGGCGGCGGCGGAGGAGGAUCCGGUUCUGGCGCAAGCCGCAUCGGUGUCAAGUCCGAGGCCAACCGAUUUUCUUACAGCGAUUAUCCUCAAGAGCUCGAAGGCCGACUCAACACGGACAUGUUUGGCGGGUUCGACAGCGAGUUCGCAGAUGAUGUCAAACAGGAGAGCCGACAUGGCGCUCUGUCUGUCAGGCAGAAGAAGCAGGUUCUACCGAUGGGUAUCCUGAGGCAAGAGCACAAGGAACCCGAGGUAGUUGUCGCAACAACUGCGGAGCUCGAAGCCCAGGAGCAAGCACUUGCCGAAGACUCGGGCUCAGACAUCUUUGUCCAGGACGACCGAGAUGAGCAAGCUGCUGUGCCAGAGGGUGACGAAAUGAAGGAGGAUAAUGAAGUUUGGGCAGGAGCGCCUCAGACGCGGACGGUCAAGAUAGAAGGCGAGGACGGCGAACCAGAAGAGGUGACAGAUAUUUCGGAACUAGCGAGGAGGCGCCAACAACUAGCCAACAAGGACAAGUCAGAGUCCAAGUCAGAACCCCGAUCGGACGCCAAGUCCAAGGCCAAGCCAACCAAGGGGAAAGAAGCACAAGCAGCAAAGAGAAAGAAACCAGCAAUCAAGGAACAGGAAGACAUCAUCGCCGAAGAACGGCUUCAAGUGAUGCUUAGUGAGCUUGGCACCCAGGGUGUCGAGAAGCCGCAGGGCGAAGGCAACGCUGAAGAGGAGGGCCAGACUCCAGCCGAGGCACCGCAACCAGAGAGCAAGGAGGGCCUGAUCUAUCUCUUCCAGUUCCCGCCUGUCGUUCCGCCUCUACAUACCGUCAGGCUGGAGGAUAAGAUCCCGGUCAAGGAAGAGCCCACCGACGAUGUCGUAAUGCUCGAUGAAGUCGCGGUGAGGGACCCCUCCACCGUCGAUCUUACUACCGGAGACGAUAAGGUCAAGAAGGAAGACGGCGUCGCCGACGCCAGUGGCACGGCCAACGCCAACAACAUCGGCCAGGGCGGAUUUCUCGGCAUGCUGAACAUUCGCAAAUCAGGCAAGGCGGAGCUUAGCUGGGGCGGGCAAAUAUUUGAGAUGAGCCAGGGUAUGGAUGCCCAGUUCUUGACGACGGUGGUGUUGCUCGAGGAGGCGGAUCGGAAGCCCACCAUGGAUGGUCUGAGCAGCCAUCAAGCGGCCGGCGAGGCGUAUGGACUGGGCAAGAUCAGGGGCAAGUUCAAUCUCGCGCCCAUCCUUGGCGACGAGGAGGAGUGGGAGGUCGAUCCGGAGGACUUGGCGAUCGAGGUUUGA